GAAGAAGGUGUGGUUUACCAUUUUUGACAUUUACAUUUUAGUCAUUUAGCAGACAGAGCGACUUACAGUAGUGAUCGAGAGUACUGCUUUAUUGUGUUACCGGCGCUUUUCUAUUACCGAUCAAUAUGGAUAGGCGAAAGCGUUCCAGAGAAGAUUUACCGACCGCUGACAGUGACCAUUUCAAAACCCCGGAGCAGAGCGUUUAUACCGGGUUGUCGCGGGACGGGGACUUAAGGCAGUGGGAUGUCGAGGACACUUGCAGAUACCUGCGUCAGGAAGGUCUCGGGGCAUGGGAGGAGAAAUUCACAGAGCAACAGAUAACAGGAGUGGGGUUACGAUACCUCACAGAGACACAUCUGGAGAAUAUGGGCAUAAGGCCUCUUGGCACACGGCUGCAGAUUCUGCACUGCCUGAAGAAGCUGUGGCAGAUUGCAGCAGAGGCCAAGGUGUUUAAUGACCCCAUCCAUGGACAUAUAGAGAUGCAUCCUCUGUUGGUCUGUAUCAUCGACACCCCUCAGUUCCAGAGGCUCCGCCACAUUAAGCAGCUGGGAGGAACAUACUUCGUCUUCCCUGGAGCCUCCCACAACCGCUUCGAACACUCCAUAGGGGUGGGUUACCUGGCAGGUCUGCUGGUCCAGGAGUUGAAUGAGAGACAACCAGAGCUCUUCAUCUCCCAUAGAGACAUAUUGUGUGUCCAGAUCGCCGGUCUCUGUCACGACCUGGGUCAUGGUCCUUUCUCCCAUAUGUUUGAUGGGAUGUUCAUCCCUAAAGUGCGUCCAGAAUCUAAGUGGAAGCACGAGGAGGCGUCCCUGGCAAUGUUUGACCACCUGGUGCGUGAGAACGCCUUAGAGCCGGUGAUGAAGGAGCAUGGCCUGGUCCUUCCUGAUGACCUGGUCUUCAUCAAGGAGCAGAUUGCUGGACCACAGAACACUGUCCUUCUCAGCCAGGGAGUAAAUCAGCCAGCCAGUGAGCCGUGGCCAUAUAAGGGCCGACCAGAGAAGAAGUCCUUCCUCUAUGAGAUUGUGGCCAACAAAAGGAACGGCAUCGACGUGGACAAGUGGGACUACUUCGCCAGGGACUGCUUCCACCUGGGUAUCCAAAAUAACUUUGACUACCGUCGCUUUCUCAAGUUUGCCCGUGUGUGUGAGGUGGACGGGAAGAAGCACAUCUGCACCCGAGACAAGGAAGUGGGUAAUCUGUAUGACAUGUUCCACACACGCAACUGCCUGCAUAGAAGAGCCUACCAGCACAAGGUGGGCAACAUCAUAGAGACAAUGAUCACAGAGGCCUUUAUCAAGGCGGACCCCCACAUCCAGAUUCAAGGUUCAGGGGGAAAGAUGUUCACCAUCUCCACAGCAAUAGACGACAUGGAGGCCUACACUAAACUCACUGACCAUGUGAUUGAGCAGAUUCUGUACUCGUCGUCCUCUGAGCUGGCUGAGGCCAGAGAGAUCCUCCAAAACAUCACCUGCAGACGCCUCUACAAGUGUGUGGGAGAGACACAGGCUGAGAAGCGCGUGGAGGUUUCACAGGAAAAGCUCCUGGACUGGGCAGGCUGUGUGGCGAGGUCCAGGCCUCAGAAUGACCUUCAAAAUGUUACUCUGCAGCCAGGGGACUUUGUUGUCCAUAUCAUCAACAUGGACUGGGGUAUGAAGGAGAAGAACCCCAUCAACAACAUGCGUUUCUACUGUAAGAACGACCCAACCAAAGCUUACCAGAUCAGCAAGGACCAGGUGUCCAAGCUGCUGCCAGAAAGGUUUGCUGAGCAGCUUAUCAGGGUCUACUGUAAGAAGACUGAUGAGAGGACCAUGGAGGCAGCUAAGAAGAACUUUGUCCAGUGGUGUAUGGAUAUGAACUUCUCCAAACCUCAGGAUGGAGAUGUGAUUGCACCAGAGCUCACCCCUCUUAAGGCAAGCUGGGCACACAACAAUGACACUGAGGAUAAUGAGGGGAGGAAGAGGCUGGGCCACUGAGGAUAAUGAGGGGAGGAAGAGGCUGGGCCACUGAGGAUAAUGAGGGGAGGAAGAGGCUGGGCCACUGAGGAUAAUGAGGGGAGGAAGAGGCUGGGCUGCAAUCAAUGAUGACCAGACUCUUUUAAGAGGAAGAUGAGAAACAACAGAGAAUCCUUCUGUUUACGGCAGUGGUUACCAAUCAUGGUCUUUGAGGGCCACAGGGUAUGCAAGGUUUUGUUCCAACCCAGCACUAACACACUUGGUUCAGCUAAUCUAGGUCAUUAAGAUGAACUGACUAGCUGAAUCAGGUGUGUUCACGAUGGGUUGGAACAAAAGCCUGCACACCCUGUUGCUCCCUAGGACCAGGGGUUGGUGACCACCACCUCAAGAAAAUGUGAGUCAGGCUUUCGAAAGAAGUCACUUUACUCAGGGUUCUGUUCACUCUGAUUCAGUUUUCCAGGGAUUAGAUCAUGUAGUCUUUCUUUUAUUUACUUUUGAUGUUUUAUUUCAAGCGUACAUUUUAGGUUUGGUUAUCUUAACGUUAUGCUAUUUCAUGAUAAGAUAAGUGUAGGAGUAUGUGAGUAUACAUACCUGUUCUCCCAGGCUAUGCAUGUUGACGUGCCACUAUCACACAUGGCUCUUUCAGAUAGCCAAGCAACGACUUUUACAUAUUUAUCCAUCCUGGUGGAAGUUACUCUUUGGACAAUCAUGCUUUACCUUGUAAUACUCCCAAAGCUGAAUGGGAACUUAUCCUUGGUGUUAUAUUGAUCAACAUGCAAACAAACAGGUAACCGUUGUUUGUGUUUCAGGGCAUUGUCUUUCUUUUAUGCAUGGUUUCUACGCUGUUUUAGUUGUUAUAUACCCAGCUACCAUAGUUAGCCUGGUCAUGCAUAUCUACAGUAUCUAGACUAAAGUAGGAGUUGGCUAAGCACAUACAGAUCAAAGAUCAGGGUACAAUGUAGCUUAAUUAUCUUCAGAAAAGCCACCACUUUAACUGACAAACAAUGUUAAGUUAUCAUAUUAUCUUUGUUUUCAUCCAUGUACCCUACUGAGGCAAGCAGCUAUCUGUCUAGUGUUUGGUAUCAUUUGGGAGUCUCGUUAUCUUCAUUUAAACAACAUGAACACAAUGUUUACCCUAAAGUCUGCCUCGAUGAGCCCACAGCUGUUGAUCAGACAGACAUGUUUGUUGAUUUAAGUUAUGCACUUUGUUUUAAAUAAAUAAUAUAAUUUUGAAUGAAAGACUAA